AUAAUUGGCAGCUUACAGUACUACCGUGUAGCUGAACACAACAGAUCCAAACGCACCCUUCCCUCCAUUUUAGAGUAACCGGAUAACGCACUCAUCACUCACCAAAAAAAUUCAAAACUUGAUCUUCAAUGAAUCUCUUCAACUUCACCUCUAAAUCCAACAAUCUCUUCACCAAUCAUCUCCCUCCACGUCACAACUCGCUCUACAACAACCGCCGCCUUCCAACUCGGUUGACCAUCAUCCGGUUCUCAUCCGAGUCAACUCAGAGAGUUAAACUCGCCGAGUCACUUCAAUCAGAUACCUUGAAGCUUCUAGAAUGGCCCUCCGUGUGUCGCCAGCUCACCUCCUUCACUUCCACAUCCAUGGGAUACGCCGCCGCAGAGUCUGCUAGGGUUCCGGUGGGUAAAACUCCUGAAGAGAGCAGGAAACUCCUCUCUCAGACCACCGCUGCCGUGGCGGCACCUAGGCCGUUGGAUUUCGAUGGAAUUGAGGAUGUAUCGCCGAUUGUUGAUGCUGCCGUUCGUGGAGGAAUGCUAUCUAUUCGUGAAAUUUGCUCUGUGAAACGGACAUUGGUAGCAGCGAGAUUAUUGCAAAAACAGUUGGAGGAGAUUGCUUUGCAGGAUGAUUUUUCUGAAAGGUACUCUCCUCUGAAGGAAAUUCUUCACGAUUGUGAUUUUCUUGUGGAAUUGGAGCAAAAAAUAGAAUUCUGCAUUGAUUGCAGCUUUUCAGCAAUCCUUGACAGAGCUAGUGAAGAUUUGGAAAUUAUAAGGUCUGAGAGAAAAAGGAACAUGGAUAAUCUAGAAUCAUUGUUGAAGCAAUUAUCAACUCAAGUUUUUCAGGGUGGAGGAUUUGACAGGCCUUUAGUAACCAAGCGCCGUUCAAGAAUGUGUGUUGCUGUUAGAGCUUCCCGUAGAUCUUUGCUUCCUAAUGCCAUAAUCCUAGAUACCAGCAGUAGUAGAUCUACAUACUUCAUGGAACCUAAAGAGGCAGUUGAGUUGAACAACAUGGAAGUUAAGCUUUCUAGUUCCGAGAGGAUUGAGGAGCAAACAAUUUUGAGUUUGCUUGCAUCUGAAAUAGCUGAAUCUAAUAUGAAAAUAAAACACAUAUUAAAUAAGAUAUUGGAAAUUGAUCUUGCAUUUGCAAGAGCUGCUCAUGCUCAGUGGAUGGGUGGCACCUGUCCAGCUUUAAGUUCAAGAAAUUGUAACAUAUCCCAAUCUGAACUUUUAUCUAUAAAUGUAGAAGGGAUACAACAUCCUUUGCUUCUUGAGUCCUCCUUGAGAAACUGGUCGACUGAUGUGUCCCCAAGUUCACCUGAUUUGGAUCAAGGAAAUGAUGUCAUGAAUUUUGAAACAAAAUCUCAGACACAUUUCCCUGUGCCCAUUGAUAUUAAAAUUGGUCAUGGAACAAAGGUUGUUGUCAUCUCUGGUCCUAAUACCGGAGGCAAAACGGCUUCAAUGAAGACUCUAGGACUGGCUUCUAUGAUGUUGAAGGCUGGCAUGUAUUUGCCUGCCCAAAAUCAACCAAGGCUUCCAUGGUUUGAUCUCAUUCUGGCAGACAUUGGAGACAAUCAGUCUCUGGAACAAAGUCUGUCAACCUUUAGUGGGCACAUUUCACGGCUUCGUCAGAUUCUGGAAGUUGCUUCUACAGAAUCUCUAGUUCUCCUUGAUGAAAUCGGAAGUGGGACUGAUCCUUCAGAAGGUGUAGCACUUUCAGAAAGCAUACUGCAAUAUCUCAAGGAAAGGGUUAAUCUAGCUGUUGUAACUACCCACUAUGCAGAUUUAACUCGCUUAAAAGAAAAGGACAAUCGGUUUGAAACAGCAGCAACAGAGUUUUCCUUAGAGACUCUACAGCCUACCUAUCGGAUUAUCUGGGGAAGCAUGGGAGAAUCAAAUGCCCUAAAUAUUGCAAAAUCAAUGAGCUUUGAUGAGAGAAUAAUUGAGCGAGCAGCAUUAUGGGUGAACAAAUUGACACCAGACAAGCAACAGGAGCAGAAGGGAUUACUUUAUCGAUCACUAAUUGAAGAAAGAGACAGACUAGAAUCUCAAGCAAUGGAAGCUGCUUCUCUUCAUUCAGAUAUUAUGAAUAUUUAUAAUGAGAUCAACAAUGAAGCACAAGAUCUUGAUGGACGUGAAGCAGCCCUCAAAGCAAAGGAAUCACGUGAAAUCCAACAGGAAGUGAGAACUAUGAAAAAUGAGAUCCAAACUAUAGUACAGCAGUUUGAGAGCCAACUCAGAAAUGCAAGUGCUGACGAGAUUAAUCCACUUGUAAAAAGAGUGGAGUCUGCUAUUGCAUCGAUAGUUGAAGCUCAUCAGCCUAGUAAAGAUUCUCUUGUCAGAGAAAUAGGCCAGAGCCUUUACACACCACAGGUUGGAGAACAAGUAUAUGUAAAGGCGUUUGGAAAUAAGUUAGCCACUGUGGUUGAGGAACCUGGGGAUGAUGACACUAUCCUUGUUCAAUAUGGAAAACUAAGAGUGCGAGUGGGCAGACACAGUAUCAGACCCAUUCCCCCUGAUGCUUCUUCUGGUGCAGCUAACUUGAAGACCCAGGUUCAGCGGAUCAGGAGUCUCAGGGACCUUGGAAGUCUUUCCGGAGCAAACAACAAUCAGCAGGAUUCUUAUGGCCCUGUGCUGCAGACAUCCAAAAACACCGUAGACUUGCGUGGCCUGAGAGUGGAGGAUGCUUUGCACCAGCUCAACAUGGCCAUCGAUUCAAGAGCGCCUAAUUCUGUUGUUUUUGUUAUUCACGGGAUGGGCACUGGGGUCGUAAAAGAGUCUGCACUUAAAUUACUAAGAAAUAAUCCUCGUGUUGUUAAGUUUGAACAGGAAAGUCCUAUGAAUUAUGGUUGUACAGUUGCUUAUAUCAAAUGAAACGGUUGAACCCAGGUAAAGGUCAUAUACACACUGGAUAAUGUUAUCUACAAAUUUUCUAAGAGGUCA